AUGUUACUGAAGCAUAAUACUGGAAUGGCUAUACAGUAUCUCUCAGAGAUAUUGGAUAUUGAAAUAAUCCACAACGAGGGCGGUUCUAUAGGUGAUGCGUUACUGUUGACGUGUUCUUUGACAAUUUAUACUGUCUAUCUAUUAAAUCAAAUGGACUUCAAGUAUUCACAUUCUCAACACAAUUAUGCUGCAUAUAAUACACCUGAUUACAAAUCGUCAACACCUAUCUAUGAUGAUCAUGAACGCUUGAAUUUUGAACUGGUUGAAAAAGUCCAUGGUUUGCGUAGUCUAUCAAUAAAAAUAGGCGAUGAAUUACGAUCACAGAAUAAUUUACUCGGUGAUAUGGCUGGAACAUUUGAUCACUCAGAAGGUGUACUACGCUCUACAAUGUCACGAUUAUCUCGAAUGGCUAAACAGAAUUUAUCCUCUGGUUUAUAUUGCUACUUAAUUAUCUUCGUGUGUAUUAUAUUCUUUAUGUGUUGGUUUAUUAUUCGAUUCUAUUAG